UACAAAAGAUGUUGUCGAAGAAUCCUCCUUUGUGGGCAUCACGACAAACUGAAGCUAUCAAAAGUCUAAAAGCAGAAGUGCAAAAGCUACCUCCUUUAAAGAUUCCCUCCUCAGGCAUGCGUAUUCUACAGACAGACGCUAGCGAUAAGUAUUGGGGAGCAAUACUGUUUGAAGAGAUGGAUGGAAAAAGACAAAUCUGUGGAUACAAGAGUGGUUGUUUCAAAGAUUCAGAGCAACAUUAUCACUCAACGUUCAAGGAGAUUUUAGCAGUCAAAAAGGCUAUCGAGAGGUUUGAAUUUCAUCUAAUAGGACACAAGUUUCGCAUAGAAAUGGAUAUGUCUUCGUUUUCCAAGAUGUUACAGUUCAAGCAGAAGAUGGUCCCUCAUCAGCAGCUACUAAGAUGGAGUGAGUGGUUCUCAAAGUACGAUUUCGAGUCAGUCUAUUUAAAGGGCACCAAGAACACUUUGGCAGACAUGCUAAGUCGAAAACCAGUAAAACAGGAAACGCCCGACGAAAUACACAUGAUGGCCAGUUCCUCCGAAACCAAGAAGAGCUACUAUGACUUUGAAGCAGACGUACCCGAAGAUGUUCAUCAACUCAUCAGCAGAAACAAGCUUCAUGAGCUACUACGCACAAAGAUCUUUUCAUAUCAAUCUACCAUCCUGACGAACUAUGGAGUAAACUGUCAUCACAUUGCUCCAAUGGGAAUUCAUCCUGACUAUCCGUUUGCACAUCUCUACAGGAUCGAAAAUUCAAACAUGCCAGAAGAAGUUCUCUGUUUCCUCUGGUAUCUCUGUGCCGUCUACACGGUAGGAAUUACUUUCGACAUCCAAUGGCUGUACCAUUACGUCAACACUGUUCAAGACAAAAGAGACAGCUUCUCAACAUUCCUAAGGUGGUUUUCACCAUUGACUGUCUGGAGUGGAAAACUACGAAGAUCCGCAAAUGCGACAAAUCUAACAUUCAAGAAGCUGAAAAAAGGUGGACUCAACCCGUUCUUCAAUCCGCAUUCAAUCUACUUCUUUCAUCGUCCCGUUAAGGUCAACCGCAAAACAAGCAAAAUCCUCGCUCUUCCAACUCUCAUUCAUCACGGUGAUUUUUCAAGAGGAGUUCUUCCAGAUUUCAACCUUCAAGACAAUGAAGCAUAUGAGAACUUUCAAACUCAUGCGUUUCACCUCAACAAUGCAAGACAAAUGUUCCCCAUUCCGUUCAUACCCAACUGGGUUUAUUAUCCGGUCGACUAUCAGAUGCAACUUGAUGAAGAUUUACAGUAUCACAUGAUGAAGUUCAACAAAGGAAGACCAAGCAGUCCAGAAGAAGAUAAACAAGAAGAGACAACUCCCCAGGUGAUCAUUAUGGAUGCUGCGAAGAACAUAUGCUGGAGUUCGAAAUGGAUCAUUAAGCGGUAUGUUAAAUAUAAAAUAUAAUAUGAUAUGUUUAAAAUCAUGUAAAAUAAAUAAUGAUGUAAGCGAUGAUGUAAUCGCUGAUAUAAUGAUUAUGUAAGCAAUGAUGUAAGCGAUGAUGUAUCGCUGAGGUAAGCGCUUAUGUCAGCGCCUUAAAACCUCCUAUAAAUAAGUGUGUACCCCUUGUAAGAAAUCAGAACUUGAAAUCUAUAUAUAUAAUUAGAGAGUUCUCUCUC